AUGGCAUUCUCUCCAUGGAAGCUGUCCUCUCAGAAACUUGGCUUUUUUCUGGUGACUUUUGGUUUCAUCUGGGGAAUGAUGCUUCUGCAUUUUACUAUUCAGCAGCAAACACAACACGAAAGCAGUUCAGUCCUGCGUGAGCAAAUUUUGGAUCUCAGUAAAAGAUACAUCAAAGCGUUAGCUGAAGAAAAUAAAAAUGUGGUUGAUGGGCCUUACGUUGGGACAGUGACAGCAUAUGAUUUGAAGAAGACGCUUGCUGUCUUGCUGGAUAAUAUCUUGCAGCGCAUUGGGAAGCUGGAGUCCAAGGUGGAAAAUCUUGUACUUAAUGGAACAGGAGCAAACUCUACCAACAAUACCACCACGCCUGGUCCCAGCUUAGGAGCAGUUGAAAAGCUUAAUGUAGCAGAUCUCAUAAAUGGAGCCCAAGAACAGUGUGAAUUGCCUCCUAUGGAUGGUUUUCCUCACUGUGAAGGGAAAAUAAAGUGGAUGAAAGAUAUGUGGCGAUCGGAUCCCUGUUAUGCAAGUUACGGUGUAGAUGGGUCCACAUGCUCCUUUUUUAUUUACCUCAGUGAGGUUGAAAAUUGGUGUCCUCGUUUACCUUGGAGAGCAAAAAAUCCUAAUGAGGAUACUGAUCAAAAAACAGUGGCUGAAAUUCGCAUCAACUUUGAUAAUCUCUACAAAAUGAUGUCAAGACAUGAGGAGUUCAGGUGGAUGAUGUUACGCAUCAGACGAAUGGCCGAUACCUGGAUUGAAGCAAUUAAAGCACUUGCAGAAAAACAAAAUUUGGAGAAAAGAAAACGAAAAAAGAUACUUGUUCAUCUGGGGCUUUUGACAAAAGAAUCUGGAUUCAAGAUUGCAGAAAAUGCGUUUAGUGGUGGCCCGCUUGGUGAAUUAGUCCAGUGGAGUGAUUUAAUUACAUCUCUCUACUUACUGGGCCAUGACAUCAGGAUUUCAGCUUCACUGGCAGAGCUCAAGGAGAUUAUGAAGAAGGUUGUAGGUAACAGAUCUGGUUGCCCUACCCAGGGGGAUAAAGUUGUAGAACUCAUCUACAUUGAUAUUGUGGGACUCACUCAGUUUAAGAAAACCCUUGGUCCCUCAUGGGUACAUUACCAGUGUAUGCUAAGAGUUCUGGAUUCCUUUGGAACUGAACCAGAGUUUAACCACGCCCAUUAUGCCCAGUCUAAAGGCCACAAGACACCAUGGGGAAAGUGGAACCUUAAUCCACAGCAGUUUUACACAAUGUUCC